UAUAUGCCAAAAUUUAAUUCCAUUUCAAUCAGUGGGUACCAUAUGCAAGAGGCAGGAGCUGACACCAUUCUGGAAUUAGCUUACACUAUAGCAGAUGGCUUGGAGUACUGCAGAACUGGACUUAAAGCUGGCCUUACCAUUGAUGAAUUUGCACCAAGGCUCUCCUUUUUCUGGGGAAUUGGAAUGAACUUCUAUAUGGAAAUAGCUAAGCUGAGAGCUGGGAGGCGGCUGUGGGCUCACUUGAUAGAGAAAAUGUUUAAGCCCAAGGAUCCCAAAUCUCUUCUGCUGAGAGCUCAUUGUCAGACUUCUGGCUGGUCACUCACGGAGCAGGAUCCCUUUAACAAUGUUAUCCGUACUACAAUCGAAGCAAUGGCUGCAGUGUUUGGAGGUACACAGUCUUUGCAUACAAAUUCAUUUGAUGAAGCCUUGGGUUUGCCUACAGUGAAGAGUGCUCGCAUUGCUCGGAACACGCAGAUCAUAAUUCAAGAGGAGUCAGGUAUUCCUAAAGUGGCAGACCCCUGGGGGGGAUCUUACCUCAUGGAGUGCCUCACCAACGAUGUCUAUGAAGCUGCUUUAAAGCUUGUUGAGGAGAUAGAAGAAAUGGGUGGAAUGGCCAAAGCUGUUGCUGAGGGGAUUCCCAAACUUCGUAUUGAAGAGUGUGCAGCCCGAAGACAAGCCAGGAUUGACUCUGGGUCUGAAGUAAUUGUUGGAGUAAACAAGCACCAGCUAGAAAAAGAGGAGACAGUCGAAGUUCUGGCUAUUGAUAAUACUUCAGUCCGCAGCAAGCAGAUUGAGAAGAUUAAUAAGGUGAAGGCUAGUAGAGAUGAAGCAGCAGCCCAGCAAUCUCUAGCUGCUCUAACACAGUGUGCUGCUACUGGGGAAGGCAACUUACUCGCGCUUGCAGUGGAAGCAGCACGUUCAAGGUGCACUGUUGGAGAAAUAACAGAUGCAAUGAAGAAGGUGUUUGGGGAGCAUAAAGCCAGUGACCGAAUGGUGAGCGGAGCUUAUCGCCAGGAGUUUGGAGAGAGUGAUGAAAUUCUUCAUGCCAUCAAUAGAGUUAACAAGUUCAUGGAUCGUGAGGGACGCAGGCCUCGUAUACUUGUUGCAAAGAUGGGUCAAGAUGGCCACGACAGAGGAGCUAAAGUUAUUGCUACAGGAUUUGCAGACAUUGGCUUUGAUGUGGAUAUAGGUCCCCUCUUCCAGACACCUCGAGAAGUGGCCCAGCAGGCAGUUGAUGCAGAUGUGCACUGUGUUGGUGUGAGUACACUUGCAGCAGGUCAUAAAACUCUUGUGCCUGAACUCAUCAAAGAACUCAACGGCCUUGGCCGGCCAGACAUUCUUGUCAUAUGUGGAGGUGUCAUCCCACCUCAGGAUUACGACUUCCUGUAUGAAGCUGGUGUUACCAAUGUGUUUGGUCCAGGGACUCGUAUUCCCAAAGCAGCUGUCCAGGUGUUGGAUGAUAUUGAGAAGUGCCUGGAGAAGCGGCAGCAAUCUAUGUAAUACUGAAAUGUCACACAACGCAACCAGCCUUAUACUAAUUGCUUACAGAAUGUAAUCAUCAGCAAGGGAUGGCCAGCCACAUACCUUUGGUUCCACUGCCCUGUGGCCUGGUGUUUUGUGCUUUCUAAGAAAGUUGUAAAUUCUCUGCUUGUUCUAGUUGAGGAUUAUUUAUAUACGUACCCACAAGUCAAUUUUAUCUCUAGAACUAUGACUUCAGGGAAUGAAGGGAAUUCAAUAGGUGGGUUUGUGUUUUUUUCAGGUGUGCUGAUAAAUAAAAUAUCCAUUC